UCCCUUCUCUCGAUAUAACCGUUUUUCUUCUUUCUUUGGUUUCUGGUUUUUCAUGUUUCUUUGGAAAAAGCAGAGCCAAAAACCAAAGGCAGGCUGCUGAUUUGGCCUCGUUUUUUUUGUCUUUCAACCACAUCCCAGACAAGAGUUCCCCCCACUUUACUGUUUAUUCCAUCUUUUUCCUCGUGUCUCCUCUCCUCUGCUAUAUAUCUUCCUGACAUUCUUCUCAUCCUCAUCAUCAUCAUUCAUUCUUCUUUCUCGUCUCAUCUCCCUCCCCCCACAUUCCAUUUCUUCUCCAUCAUUCUCUUUGACCUCUUCUUCACUUGGCUGCUUCGAUUCAUGGAGACUGUUGAAUUGAAGGUGGAGAUGGUGGGCAUACAUGAGAAAAGACUCAGGAAAUGUCUGUCAAAAUUAAAGGGAAUAGAGAAGGUGGAAGUGGAUGCCAAUUCCCAGAAGGUGGUGGUGACAGGGUAUGCACAUAGAAACAAGAUACUGAAAGCAGUGAAGAGAGGUGGGUUAAAAGUGGACUUCUGGUCUGCCCAGAAUGAGCUGCUCACUGCUUAUGCCAGUGCCAGUUAUGCCAGUUAUGGAAGCUUGAGAUUCAACAACUUCAACUUCUUCUAGGAAUUGUCCCCAUUUUUUUUUCUCUUGGUGUUUUGUAUUUUAAUUUAUUUUAUUAUUCUCUUUUCCCAACUUUUUCUUUUACAAAGGAACUGUCACAUUGAUACAUAGAGUGAAAUGGAAGAGUUGUUAAGUUUUGCA